AUGGGUGCGGAUGCGGUACAUGAUGAAGCUAGGGUUAAGGAUGGAAGUUGGGCUGCUGGUGGGCUGUCUUUUUUAGCAAAGCUGGUUGGCUGGUGGCCUGUGGAGACCUGCUGCUGCACGGUGACAUCAGGCAGUGUGGAAAUUGCUACCCCAAGAAAGAAGGAGACACAAGGAAAGGCGAAUAACACGCCUCAUUUCGAAGUUUAUUUAUUCAACACAUUCUGUCACUCUAUGGAUUUCCCACCGAUAGAUGAAAUUGUUGGCGACAGCCGGUGGGUUGUUAUUAAGACUGAGCAUGAUCGCUACUUCAAGUUUUACAUGGUUCAAAAGGAUGGCUAUUUCUUGCUUCAUCGUGGUUGGGAACUUUUAAUGGCUUCUGAAAAUCUAGAGGAGCAGCAGAUGGUCAUGUUCGAGAUGGAAACCCAGGACAGUUUCUAUAUAUGGAAUAAUGACACAUCGUGA